CCUUAUUCCAUCGUGAAUAAAAUCGGAAUUGUCUCAGUUGUGGUUUUUUUUUCGUAGAUCUGGCAGUGCGUAAUGUCGCGAGGCGAGUGGAAUAAGAAGGAGGAAUUGUUGGCGGAGCAGGCAGCGAAGCACUUGCGUCACUACACGCCGCUGCUGGCUGCGUUUGCGCAGAACGCUAAGGCUGAGAUCGCGCUGCUCUCUAAGGUGCAAGAGUACUGCUACGAGAACAUGUCAUUCAUGCGCGCCUUCAGCAAGCUGGUGCUGAUGCUGUACAAGACCAACGUGCUGUCCGAGGAGGUGAUCCUCAAGUGGUACCGCGACCCCAACUCGUCCAAGGGCAAGAUGAUGUUCCUCGACCAGAUGAAGAAGUUCGUCGAGUGGCUGCAGAGCGCCGAGGAGGAAUCCGAGAGUGGAGAAGACGAAGAUUAGAAUAAGCGCAGCGAGUGAGACUGACUACACCGCGCCGACUACAGUCGCUCGCGUCCCUACACAUCCCACCAGAGGGGUACCGCCCGCCUCAGCCGCGUCAGAACUAUCCAUGAAGCUACAGAUAAAAAUGGAGGGCAGAGUUUGGAACAAAACUUGAGUCAAAUACCUACUUAUAUCUAUCUCGCUCUCUGCGGCCCUACCUCUCUUUUUAGUGUGAACUGUAGUAUUGCUAUCUUCUGAUUUAAAUCUCCUUGUAAAUUCUUCGAAAUAGCCAAUACACUAACCAAAUCAGAAGUUGAAUAAAUAAUUAAU